CUCGCUAGACUCCGGGGCUGUAAGACCACAUGUGUACAUCAAGGGAAGCGAAUACGACAUUUUCAGACACACUCCGAAGCAUCACAGAAAAGAAAAUUGAUAUGUAGAAGAUGGACUAGACCUCUGAAGUCAAUCUAAUGUCUGAUAGCGCCUAAAGCUCGUGAACGUUAUGGUUACACUCCGCCGCCACAGUUGUCGUUGUGGGCGUCCCAAACACCACCUCAAAAUAACGUGCUUUAUAUUUUUUCUGACGAAUAUGCAAUUAAGUGUAACGAAACAAAUUAUAUUACUCAACAAGUGACGUUCAAUUGCGUUAAAACUCUAUGGUCCUGCCGAGAAACUACACAAAAAUCGCGUUUAGCUGCUAACUUUAACAGUGAAAAUAUAAGCAAAACGUUUUUUUCGUAAAUAAAAUGAACUCAGCCCGACCGAGCACGUAAAUAAAAUGUCGAGCAUAGCAUAUAACGUUAGCGCGAAUCUGCUGAUGUAAAAAAGUUAAUUGUAGGCAAGCUUCGCGGACGCGUACCUCGGCUCACUCUAACCUAGUAAAACCAGCAGUUUCGUCUUCCAAAGGCGGACAUCUUAUCUCCAGCCCCGACAUUAGACAUCGAGUUGGCACUUGCCCUCGGUCUUCCUCGUAGCAGAGCUUGUGGUGGAUAACUGUCGCUCAAGCGAUGGUGAGAUUGAAGGCCUGACGGAUGAGUUUAAGGAGCUGGAGUUCCUCAGCAUGGUCAACGUGGGUCUCACCUCCCUGGCCAAGCUACCCUCACUGCCCAAACUGAGAAAGUUGGAGCUAAGUGAUAACAACAUCUCGGGGGCACUGGAGACGCUAGCAGAGAAAUGCCCGAACUUGACGUACCUGAACUUGAGUGGCAACAAGAUCAAAGAGCUUAGCACACUGGAGGCUCUGCAAAACCUUAAGAACCUGAAGAGUUUAGACCUGUUCAACUGUGAGAUUACAACAUUGGAGGAUUACAGGGAAAGCAUCUUUGAACUGCUGCCUCAGGUCACAUACCUGGAUGGUUUUGAUGCAGAAGACAAUGAAGCUCCAGAUUCUGAAGCUGAUGAUGAUGACGAUGAUGAUGGAGAAGAAGGAACUGGUCAGCUCAGGGAUUAUGAGGACGAGGAUGAUGAUGAUGAGGAGGAGGAGGAGGAAGAAGAUGAGGAUGAAGAAGGAUCAGAGGGGGGAGAAGUUGGCCUGGCAUAUCUAAUGAAAGAUGACAUCCAGGAUGAGGAAGAUGAUGAUGAUUAUGUAGAAGAGGAAGAGGAGGAAGAAGCAUCAGCAGCAGGAGUAGGAGGGGCUGAGGUCAAAGGAGAGAAGAGAAAAAGGGAUGCUGAGGAUGAAGGUGAAGAUGAUGAUGACGACGAAGAUGACGACUAACCCUUAAUGUUUGACUCCUUGGAAACAAUAUCCAAGCUGUAGAUCAACCCUGAAAAGACAGUGAUCUUGCAGAUUGCUUUUCUCUUUGUAAACCAUAGAUAAAUCACUGUAGAUGCUAAGUGUUUUCUUUUAUAAUUACAUUAUAUAUUAAACUAUAUAAAAAGGGGGUUUAUUGAAAAGUCAUUUUUAGCCAUUCCAAGUUUAUCCAGAAAACAAAUAUCAAAAUGUCAUCGAGGGGUGGGCACAGGAAGAUUUGCAGGGUGGGCACAGGUUUUGUGAUUGCUUGUACCUUUGGAACUUGAGAAAGCUCUAGGAUUUUACAGAGGGUAGACAGCAGCAUUUGUGUGUCCAAAUCCAUAAGGUCAGUUCAGUUUGUGCUACAGGUCCCAGUGACUUUCCCUAAGACCUCUGUGAGGAAGCAGAACAUUUCCUGUUCCUCAACUACCUCUCCAGGUCUCUUUCUUAGCCCAUCACGAAGCAGCAAGAAAGUCAUCUCUGUCCCAUUAGAUAGGCCAGGCCAUCUCCUUUGUUCCUUUAUCAACCAAUCGCUGCCAAGGAUCUUGUCACAGUCUUUAUAUGGGAUGGUCUCCGCUUGAUUCAGCUUUUCUUGUAGAUCAGGCUUGCCCAUGUUGGUAGGCCAGAUGGUAUGUGGUUUCAUGAAUUUUAAAAGCUUGAUGUAUGUAAAUGAAUUGAGCAAAGAACAGGAGUUGGCAAAUGGAUUUUUAGUUUUAAUCUCAGUUUUUUAUUUAAAAAAAAAGUCCAUCAUGAUUUAAUGUGACCUGUGAGCGUUUUUUGCCCUCUCCCUCUUUGUUUUUGAGAAAUGGCAUUGCUAGACAUUUUCUCGAUGUUCAGGUUUAACAGCUUUGGAUUAAAUGGCACCCUUAAGUACCUUUAUACCCUGUCUUGCUGUGGAAACAGGUUAGUUUCUACAUUUUCUUGAGGUGUUUUACUGAGUAAUACCUUUUAAUCUUAUGAUGUUCGUAUGGCAAUAUGUAUAUAGUAUCCGUUUCAACAGGUUGCCAUUUCUUUUUUAUUGAAUUAUUUGGCCAGUUGUUUUAAUACAAAAACACAAUUUUUUGAGGGCUUAUAUACAAGCAAACCACUCGUUUCAUUUCCAGAACUUGGUUGUUGUGUGUGCAUUGUAUGUGGGGUUGUAUGUUUAGUUUAGUUCUUUAAAGAGUUUUAGUUUUUUCAUUGAAUUUCAAGGUUUUGUUUUUAUGGGUUGUUUUGUUUAGGGUUUUUUUAUGUCACAUCUCUAAUUUUGCAAGCUCCUUUGUUCGAUUGUGAACUCUAUUGGAGUUAGUGUUAUAAAUGAAUGAAAUGUCCUUUUGGUGAUUCAAAUAACUCAAUGUUCAACUUAUGUUUAAUAGAUGGGCCUUUGUUGGGCAAUGUUCUCUGCAAUUUGACUAUAAAAUUAUGAACUGAGAGCCAUGAGGGCAGCUUUGCAAAUUUGCAAAACAGGUGAAGAAGCACUGUUUUUACUAUCUCAAGAGAUGAUGACAGGAAUCAUUCAUUCUGAUACAAACAGUGAUAUUUCAAUAUAUUUUUUUUACAUGAAAGCUUUAUAAAAUCCUUUUGAUUAAUGCAACCUGGAAUACGUGUGAUGUGGACAAUAAAGGAAAGACCUAUGACCAUAA